CACCUUCCCGGCCAGACGGCUGGCAAGACGGCUGGGUGUGCAGCGUCCUCGAAAACACGAGCCAGCGAGCAGGUCUUUUGCGCCUCUUGGGACUCGGGUCCACACCAUGGCGGAUUCCGAGCGCCUCACGGCUCCCGGCUGCUGGGCCGCCUGCACCAGCUUCUCGAGCACCGGAAAGGGAUUUCUUCUGUUUGCUGAGAUUAUACUAUGCCUGGUGAUUCUGAUCUGCUUUAGCACCUCGACAUCAGGGUACUCUUUCUUGUCGGUGAUAGAGAUGAUCUUUGCCGCCGUCUUUUUUGUUGUCUACAUGUGUGACCUGCACACCAAGAUACAGAUCAUCAACUGGCCUUGGAGUGAUUUCAUCCAAACCCUUGUAGCAGUCAUUCUCUACCUGAUCACCUCCAUUGUGGUGCUCGUUGAGAGAGGAAACAGCUCCAAAAUCGCUGCAGGUGUGCUGGGCCUAUGCGCUGCAGGCCUCUUUGGCUAUGAUGCCUACAUUACCUUCCCCUUGCGGCAGCAGAGACAUACAGCAGCCCCUGCUGACCCUGCAGAUGGCCCGGUGUAGGUGAACUCUCUUCAUUUCUCUCAGCAAUCUGCAAAUAACACCUCUAUUGAAAUAAUUCCUCCCCACCCCUA